AUGGGCGAUACUCCCGUAAAUACAACCCCCCAAUUUUGGUGCUUUAUCCUGAGAUGGGAAAGACUUGAACAAAUGCUUGUCUCCAUGAAGAAAAUAACAACCUCCUCCAUCCCCCAGCGGAGUCUACAGCUUCUGCGAAUUGAUCUCAAUCAUCUAGACAUUGCUUCUGGGAUAACUUCGCCUUCGGUCACGCAUUAUUUCAUGCCACGAAGAGGUACACCUAGGAUAGAGAAGAUAUGUGCAGAUCCAAGCUGGGACUGGUUUCUAUCUCAAAAGGGCAACUACGGCAAAGGAACUUACCGUGCAGACUAUCUACUUCGACGUGUUUUCAUGGACUAUCAGGACUGCAGCAUUCCGGAAUUUUGGCCCUACGAGCUGGAUGGAGCGGAGGGUGAAGAAGAAGAGAAUUAUGAUGAUCCUACUGUUCAUGAGUCGGGUCGCCUUGAUAGCACUGAAGGCGACAAGGUGAGCGAUGGAAAGGACGACCCGGAUCAUAAGAGGGGAAGCGAUAGCGAGGAAAUACACAGUGACAAGGCACAGGAAGGGGAAAGUUUGAACUCCAAAAAAUAUGAUGAGAGUGAGGAAGAUGGCGACAAGAGCAAAGAGAGCGGUGACGAGAAUCGCAAACCAAGUGAUGAAAGUCAUGAUAAAAGCGAGAAGGAAGCAGAUAAUGACCAUGAGAUGGUGAUUGCGAAUACUUUCGACCUGGAUAUCCUCAAUUACGAGACAGAUGACUGGUCAGUCUACUGGUUCCAAAGACUAUACGGCCUCGAUCUCCCAGACAAAAUACACGGAAUCAAUAUCACAAGAUCAAUGGAGAUAGAUAACCCAUACAAAUCGCAUGCAUGGGCUCUGGUAGAUGUAACCUCGUGUGGUUACGAUCGCCCCUCGACUGCUGAGCUCAUAGCCUUGGUCAGCUGGGGUUUGAGAGGCAUGUUCCGUGAAUUCGAAUCGCUCGUCAACGCAAUUGAGUCAAAGGGUGUUCAUAGAUUCAGUGAAGUUUUUCCGACCAUGAUCAUAGUGUUUGACCAAAGAUGCUGCGCCCGUGUACUAUACGCCUACUUUGAUGGUAGAUUUCAGGUUCAAUUUACCCCGGUCUUGAAUUUUAAAGAAUUCACCGAGAUCAAGUCCUUAACCUUGGAUGCUUACAUGGGUCAGAUUGACAAGAAGAAGUACUACGACAUGAUGCACUCACUGCUUCGUUGGGCGUGGCCUCUUGACCAUUAUCGCACCAGUAUCGCUCAGCUCUAA